AAAAAGCAGAAAGGGAUUCUCAAAACCCAAAAAAGUGCAGUAUCUCGGAGCAGAGCACAGCUGCCUUUGCCUCCUCGCCGUGGAACUUUCUAGGUUUCUAGGUUCCUUCUUCCUUCCACUACCAGCCAUUGCAAGUCUGCAGCUUUCAACUGAGCGGAGGAGGAGGAGAGGAGAGGAUGAGUGGGACAGUGAAGGAAGUGAAAUCGAAGGAGGAGCUCGAUGGGGUUGUGAAGACCGGUGCCCCAACUAUCCUCCACUUCUGGGCUUCCUGGUGCGAUGCCUCCAAGCACAUGGAUCAAGUCUUCUCCCACCUCUCCACUGAUUUCCCUCUCUCCCAUUUCCUCAGGGUUGAGGCAGAAGAGCAACCUGAGAUAUCUGUGGCUUAUUCAGUUGCUGCUGUGCCUUACUUUGUCUUUUUCAAGGAUGGGAAAGUCGUCUAUACACUAGAAGGUGCAGACCCCUCUGGUUUGGCUAACAAAGUAUCCAAGAUCGCGGGCUUGAUCAAACCUGGGGAGCCUGCGGCACCUGCAAGCCUUGGGAUGGCUGCUGGGCCUGCCGUCCUUGAAACUGUUCAGGAGCUUGCAAAGGAGAAUGGAUCCUUCCAAGCAGAGCCUGUGCAUCCUGGUAUAAGCAGCUCACUGAAAUUUCGCCUCCAGGAGCUGGUCAAAUCUAACUCGGUGAUGCUAUUCAUGAAGGGAGUACCUGAGGCUCCAAGGUGCGGAUUCAGUCAGAAAGUUGUUGAUAUAUUAAAGGAUGAAGGGGUCAAGUUUGGGAGUUUUGAUAUUUUAUCAGAUGAUGAAGUUCGUGAGGGUCUGAAGAAGUUCUCCAACUGGCCCACCUUUCCUCAGCUCUACUGCAACGGAGAGCUUCUUGGAGGGUGCGACAUAGCAGUUGCUAUGCAUGAGAGUGGUGAAUUAAAAGAGGUCUUCAGAGAUCAUGGGAUCAAUCCAGUUGGAUCCAGUGAGAGUACCACAGGUGAAGGAAGCAAAGGUGGGGUUACUGAGUCGACUGGGUUGAGUUCAGUGCUGACUUCUCGGCUCAAAAGUCUAAUUAAUUCAAGCCCGGUUAUGCUGUUCAUGAAGGGGAAGCCUGACGAGCCCAAGUGCGGGUUCAGCAGGAAAGUAGUGGAAAUUCUCCGCCAGGAGAAAGUUGAAUUUGAGAGCUUUGAUAUUUUGACGGAUGAAGAAGUCAGACAGGGGCUCAAAGUCUACUCCAACUGGUCGAGCUACCCACAGCUAUACAUUAAGGGUGAGCUGAUUGGAGGAUCUGACAUUGUUUUGGACAUGCAGAAGAGUGGAGAGCUUAAGGAGGUUCUCGCCGAGAAGGGGAUCGAAAGGAAAGAGAGUCUGGAGGACCGGUUGAAGAAUCUCAUUGGUUCCUCUCCUGUUAUGCUGUUCAUUAAGGGGACCCCUGAUGCCCCCAGGUGCGGGUUCAGCUCCAAAGUUGUGAACGCCCUAAAGGAGGAUGGAAUACCUUUCGGGUCGUUCGACAUAUUGACAGAUGAGGAGGUGAGGCAAGGGCUUAAGACCUUCUCCAACUGGCCGACCUUUCCCCAGCUCUACUAUAAGGGUGAGUUGGUCGGGGGAUGCGAUAUCGUUCUUGAUCUCAAGAAUGGUGGGGAGCUCAAGUCCACCCUGUCCGAGUGAAGGAUCCUUACUUAAGGCGAUUAUGAAAUAAGUUAGAUUGAUUUAGCUGAUAAUGAUGAGGUUCUUGCUUAUAAAGAGUGUGCUUUGUGAAUUUGUACUUGCUGAUUUACGCAUGGCUAGCAGUAGGAAGUUGAUCGGAUGGGUUAUACCUUAUUUAAAGAAAAAAUUUAUGUGAA